AUGUACGAACUUGUGUCGCUCGUCAACAAACGCGUUGAUCAACACAGCCAGAAAUCAUACACCAUAGUGAACAGCGGCUUCGACUCAACACCCGCGCCCGGCGGCAUGCCCUGCGAAGUCCUCCGCGUGAUGGAGCGCCUCGGCGGCGCGCAAACGACUGUAGACCGCGUCGACCUUGCGACCGGCAACGCGAUACCAUUCUACGUCCUCCACGCCAAUAAAGAAAACAAGACCGUCGCCGUGGUACACGCGGACCCCCGAGCGCAGGCAUCGGGCGAGGCGCUGGGAACGGCCAAGUACCACUCCCUCUCAUCAAAGAUUGAUGUCGUUCUCCGCGGGGUGCCGUUCAAGAUGAGGACCAACUCGAUGGGCACCUCGCACAGCUUCGACCACCACGGGCUGAGCUACAGCUGGGGCGUCUCGAACACGAGCAUGUCGACGAGCACGCUGUACUUCAAGGACGCCGGGGGCAACUUGCUGGCGAGGUGGACGAAGUACCCCAAUGGCAGGAUGUGCGGGCUGAGCGGCGAAUCGACGCCGACAUUUGAGGUGUUUGUGCCGCCGCAGAGCAUCGACAUGGACAUGCUGAUUGUGACGGGUCUGGCGUCGAUCGAGUACUGGAUCAAGUAUAAGAAGGACUCGUACGAGGCGUUGGGAGAGGCGUUGGGUGCCAUUUGA